CUAUCCGACAUUCGUGUCACCAUAGAGGAGAUUUUCCCUCCCCUACCACUCAAACGGAAGGCCGAGGAGCAGGGAGGUCGCGAGAGUUCCCCAGCAGGACCGAGUUCUGGCCAGGUUCUAACCAACGAGGAGUGGGCUAUGGCCAACCGCGCUGUAUGGGCUGAGGCGUCCGCUUCGCAAUGCCGCAGGGAUCGUAUCGGAUAUGCCAAGAAGCAGCGUCAAGAGAAUCGUUCCAAGCGCGACGAGUGGGGACUCAAUACGGGAUAUUCUCUGCAAGUCGUCGGUCCCCCCAGUCUGUCCCCCGUACCCGACGACGUGCUUCCUCCUUCCAACACGAUGGAGAUGGACACGCCUGCCACUACCGACGCCGACAAGGUUUAG